UCCCUCAGUUUUUUUCUUCCCCGGAUCGACUCCACUCUGGGGAUCUCACUGUGAUUCUCCUCUCUCGAUCCAUCAAUCGUUGUUGUUUCAACAAAGGCGUACACACGCUACUUAUCUUGUAUAGUAAUAUCUACUGUAGGAGUUUUGUAAAAGAAUCAGAUCCAACUUUCAGAUGAGACUUUCUUAGGCGGUGAAAGAGCUUAUACUUAGUCAACUUUGCAGCUCCACAGAACCUUCUAGGAAGCUACCUCAGUAGACAGGGCUAAAAGGCAGUGGUAAAUAUAUGGUUCUGUAGAAGUGUGAACUGUAGAAAACAACGAGGAGAUGGCUUUUUAUUCCGAGGACAACAAGAGUGAAGACUACCUCUUUAAGAUUGUUCUGAUAGGUGAUUCUGCAGUCGGGAAAUCAAAUUUACUCGCAAGAUUUGCUAGGGAUGAGUUCUAUCCCAACUCGAAGUCGACCAUUGGGGUGGAGUUUCAGACACAGAAGAUGGACAUUAACGGAAAAGAGAUCAAAGCACAGAUAUGGGACACAGCAGGUCAAGAACGUUUCAGAGCAGUUACUUCUGCGUAUUAUAGAGGUGCUGUUGGAGCUCUUCUGGUUUACGACAUCAGCAGAGUUCAGACUUUUCAAAGCAUUGGUAGAUGGCUCAACGAACUGCACACGCACUCUGAUAUGAACGUUGUGACGAUCCUGGUGGGGAACAAGUCGGAUCUGAAGGAUAUAAGAGAAGUGCCAACAGCGGAAGGGAAGGCGUUGGCUGAAGCGCAGGGACUCUUCUUUAUGGAGACAUCAGCGUUGGACUCAUCAAACGUGGCAGCUGCGUUUGAGACGGUCGUGAAGGAGAUAUACAACAUACUGAGCAGGAAAGUGAUGAGCUCACAGGAGCUGAACAAGCAAGAUCCUGCCUCACUUAGCAAUGGCAAGAAAGUUGUGAUUCCAUCCGAGGGAGAGCCCAAUAAAGGUGGGUGCUGUUCUAGGUGAUAGAAACUAAAUUUGUAGAAAGCUUAAAAUGGAAGAUUAAUGUUUCAUCUGUUUGAUUGUUUCUCUGUCCAUGCUCCCUGCCAUGAAUGUUGAAAAUUUGAGCUGUGUUUAGGUGUAGCAAUCUGUAAAUUUUCUACUGCAGAAGCUUUUAUGAAAACUCGCAUUCCUAUCUAUAAAGUUUUCCACUUUCUUGUUGUUCAACUUAUGCAAUGGUCAUGAAUUGAUUAUGAUGAUGAUGGUUAGUCUUCUGUUAUUGUCACAUAUCGUUGAAUAAAAUAAC